AUUUUCAUUGGUAUAAAAGUAACAAAGAAUGGCCCACAUUUGUAGACCCAAUUACCCAUUUUCUGAUCCAACCCACGUGAGUUUGACCCACCGGUCAUCGCUUUCUUCCCUCCGAUCCGCUGUCACCGCCUUCUUCUCCCCCUCCUCUCUUUCUCUCUCUUCCGUCAAUUAUUUUCAGCUCAUACUUGUUUUGACCCACAUCAAUUCCAAUUCUCACCUUUUUUUUUUAUAAUAAAUCAUAAAAAUUGAGAAUUUUGAGCCAAUGUUUGCUGAUUACACAAAUUAUCCAAAACCCACAAAAAAACCAAGAAAAUUCUGCAGAUUUUUUUGCUCACAAACAAAUCAAAUGAAUAUUUUGAUGUUUCUUUGAUUUCUGGAAGUACCCUUUUGAAUGCAUAAGAAAACCCAAUUCUUUGAAUUUUGAUUUUAUAUACAAAGUUUUUAAUUUUUUUUUUAGCAUGUCUGAUUUGGUGGCCCGCACGGGUCGUCUUCAACAAAGAUAUAAUGAUGGCUGUCGCCUUGUUGCUGGGUGUAUACCAUUCAGAUAUAGAAAUGGCGAGGACAAUAGUAAUGACGAUUUAGAGAGCAAUAUCGAGGUACUUAUGAUCAACUCGCAGAGUGGUCCAGGUCUUCUCUUCCCUAAGGGGGGAUGGGAAAAUGAUGAAACUGUUGAGGAGGCAGCUGCAAGAGAAGCAGUUGAAGAAGCUGGAGUAAAAGGAGAUCUUAUGGAUCUUCUUGGGUACUACAAAUUCAAAAGCAAAACUCAUCAAGAUGAAUUCUGCCCAGAAGGAUUGUGUAAAGCAGCUAUGUUUGCUAUGCUAGUCAAGGAAGAACUUGGAUCGUGGCCUGAGCAAAGCAUGCGAAAUAGAUUCUGGCUUACUGUUCCUGAAGCAGCUCAGAGCUGCCGUCAUGCAUGGAUGAGAGUUGCUCUAGUUGAUGGCUUCCUCAAAUGGCAUGGGGACAAGUUUGCAGAUAGAGAUAGAGAAAGAGAUGGCUUGGAUUCAUAAAUAAGGCUUCAAAAAACAUUGUGGGAAAUAAUAGUAGAGGAUGAUUCCAAGGCAAUAUUUGCUAGUACUGUUGGUUAUUUGUCGCCGUUAAUUUGAUGGCCAUUACCAAUACUGAAUCUUGCACAUUAAGGAUUGUAGUUUGAGCUCAUUUUCAUUACAUACAUGAAUCACCAAUAUUUCAGAAUUAAUGCUAGAAGUAACACUUUGAAAG